UGUGUGAAUCACUGCACGAAGCUUCAGUAUUUAAUAAACAAAACAAAAUUUCAUAUUCACAAGUCAGAAUCCUUCGCUCUCUCUCUCGCUUGCGCGCGCGAUCAAGUACAAGCACACGGAGAUAUCAGCAAUGGCCGCGACGAUCUCUCAGCUCUCGUGCUUCGCUGCAGUGAACGGCGGUGUGAGCCUACGGAGGAGGCUAUCACUUGCAAGCCCAUCGCUGCGCUGCUCUAAUAAGUUUACAGUUUUUAUGAGCCUUGAUGGGCGUGGGACAGAUGCUUCCGGUUCUGACGUCAAGACUACUCUGAGGUAUGAUGCAUCAGAAUUGGGUGUCGGAAAGUCACAUCCGGAUUUAGUAGAAAAUGCUGCUGGAAAGUUGGGAGUGGAUGAGCUAGUGCAGGAAAACGGUAUCAUUCAGCCAAAACGAGCAGCAAAAAUCCAUGAUUUUUGUUUUGGCAUUCCCUUUGGUGGACUUGUUUUAAGUGGUGGACUUCUUGGUUUUGUUUUCUCAAGAAAUCCUGCAACCCUGACUACUGGUGUGCUCUACGGAGGUGCUUUGCUAGCUCUCAGCAUCUUUAGCUUAAAGAUCUGGAGGCAAGGAAAAUCCAGUUUACCUUUCAUUCUAGGACAAGCAGUACUGUCGGCUCUUCUUCUUUGGAAGAACUUUCAGGCUUAUUCAUUGACAAAGAAAGUAUUUCCAACAGGUUUUUACGCUGUUAUUAGUGCUGCAAUGCUUUGCUUCUAUUCAUAUGUGCUGAUUUCUGGAGGAAACCCACCACCAAAGAAGUUGAAGCCAUCUCCAAGUGUUGCAUCAUGGUGAAAAACUCCAAGGGUCUGAAGUGAAUAGAUAUUAAAAGUUAGGGCAUAUUGUGAUCAGAUUUUGUAUUGUGACUUCAAGGGUUAUAGGUAAAUAAGCCCCAAGUUGCUUAAAUAAGCAGAAAAUAGGUAAACUAUGAGUUGAGCAAGUGUGUAUUUUCUCAUUUGUACGAUGAGAUACUCGAUUGACAAUUACUAUUUCUUAAUGUAAACGACUGGCAAGAUUAUGUUUCUCAGGAUUUAUGCAAUAUUGCUGAUUAUUCUGUCAA